AGCACCAACACUGGUCUACAUCAAUAGCUUGGUUACCCCCUUCCCGUUCCUUGCACCCUCUCAUAAUCACAAUCAAGCACUGGUCAAGUGCUCCUCAAAGCCGCCAUGGAUAUGGACAUGAGCUCAGCUUAUUCUCACCAUUGGCUCUCCUUCUCCCUCUCUAACAACUACCACCAUGGCCUCCUUGAGGCCCUCUCCACCACCUCUGCGCCUCCACUUGGAGAAGAGGGGGCAACGGAGGAUGCGCCGAAAAUGGAGGACUUCCUCGGCGGUGUAGGCGGCGGCGGCGGCGGUGCCGCGCCGGUGGCUGCUCCGGAGGAUCAGGUUGGCUGCGGCGAGCUGGGCAGCAUCGCCGCCGGGUUCUUGCGGCGGUACCCGACCACCGAGAACGCCGGCGGGGUGACCAUCGCGAUGGCGACGGACGCAGUAGAGGCCGAUCCGGCGAGGAGGCCCGCCGAGACGUUCGGGCAGCGGACGUCCAUCUACCGUGGUGUCACUAGGCACCGGUGGACGGGGAGGUACGAGGCGCACCUGUGGGACAACAGCUGCCGCCGGGAAGGCCAAAGCCGCAAAGGCCGCCAAGUCUACUUAGGAGGCUAUGAUAAGGAGGAGAAGGCCGCAAGAGCCUACGACCUCGCCGCGCUGAAGUACUGGGGUCCAACCACCACGACGAACUUCCCUGUUGCCAACUACGAGAAGGAGCUGGAGGAGAUGAAGUCGAUGACGCGGCAGGAGUUCAUCGCGUCGCUGCGCAGGAAGAGCAGCGGCUUCUCACGAGGGGCUUCCAUCUACAGAGGAGUAACAAGACAUCAUCAGCACGGCCGGUGGCAGGCGAGGAUCGGCAGGGUGGCCGGAAACAAGGACCUGUACCUGGGCACUUUCAGCACGCAGGAGGAGGCGGCCGAGGCGUACGACAUCGCCGCCAUCAAGUUCCGUGGGCUCAACGCCGUGACCAACUUCGACAUGAGCCGCUACGACGUCGACAGCAUCCUCAACAGCGACCUGCCGGUCGGCGGCGGCGGCGCCGCCACGCGCGCCUCCAGGUUCCCGUCUGACCCAUCGCUACCGCCGCCACAUGGCGCCGGAGCGUCGGCUGCAAUGCCACCAUCGGAGAAGGACUACUGGUCCCUUCUUGCCCUGCACUACCAGCAGCAGCAGCAGCAGUUCCCCGGCUCUGCAUUUGACACCUACGGCUCCUCCGGCGUGAACGUGGACUUCACAAUGGGGACAAGCAGCCACAGCGGCAGCGGCAGCAGCAGCAGCGCCAUGUGGGGCACUGCGGCCGGCGCAAUGGGGCAGCAAGACGGCAGCAGCAGCAACAGGCAAAGCAGCAGCUAUCCCAGCAACAUUCCUUAUGCUGCAGCGGCAGCAGCAGCAGCUAUGGCUUCUGGAUCAGCGGGCUAUGAGGGCUCCACUGGAAACAAUGGGACCUGGGUGGCGAGUAACACGAGCACGGCUCCCCACUUCUACAACUAUUUGUUUGGGAUGGAGUAGGUGAACUGGCUCUAAGAUGAGUGGUAGACCUAGGACUGACAUGGAACUGAUCAAAAUUUUGGCUGCUGAUGCAAGCAGGAAUGUGAUGCAUCCUUCUGCUUAUUCUUUUUCUUCCCUGACAUAGUCCUGUAGCAGAGAACUCAUGUAUCACCAGCAUUUCUAAUUCAAGCUCCUUUUUAGCUAGUUCC